UAUUGCUUUAUCAUCCCCUUACUUUUGUUUUAAUCAUAAUCAUAAUCUCGUAGGGGCUACCACAGGGCUACACCUCUCUCUCCCUCUCUCUCUCUCUCUCUCUCUCUCUCUCUCUAUGUGUGUGCAAUCUUAUAAUCUACUUCACCUUAAUUUCCUUACCACAAACAACCCAUGGAAUUUCUUACCAAAUCAAACGCCUACUCGGAGGAGGAAGAAGAGGAAGAAGAAGAGGAGGAAGAUGAUGAAAUCCGGGGUGUUGCAUGCGAUUUCUUCCCAAAUUCACGCACCCAAAAUCAGGAAUGGGUUCAACACCCUCCAAUAAAUCAGGCCUUGGAUCACCACCCUCUUAUGGACUUAUCCCUCCGGAUGGAGACUAAUGGGUUUGGUGUUGUGGAGAGAGAGCACAUGUUCGACAAGGUUGUCACUCCAAGCGAUGUCGGCAAAUUAAACCGUUUGGUUAUCCCCAAACAACACGCCGAGAAAUACUUCCCUUUGGACUCUGCCACCAACGACAAGGGCCUCAUCUUGAACUUUGAGGACCCUAAUGGAAAGCCCUGGCGCUUUCGUUACUCUUACUGGAAUAGCAGCCAAAGCUACGUGAUGACUAAAGGUUGGAGCCGUUUUGUUAAGGACAAAAAGCUCGAUGCAGGCGACGUCGUUUCCUUUCACCGUGGCGUUGGCGAUUCCGCUAGGGAUCGCCUUUUCAUCGACUGGCGCCGCCGUCCUAACACCCUGACUCCUCCUCCUCCUCCUCACCACCACCACUUCUCCAACCCUCCUCUCCUCUUCCUCCCACAAUCCCUCCGCUGGGCCACCGCCCGCCACUUGCCUCCACCGGCGCAGCCACCGCCUCACCACCGCCUCUAUUCCAAUUACGCCUUCGAAAUCCCUAAUUUAGGUAUGCCUCAUAACAACAAUUCUUCCAUGUAUUAUUUUAGACCCACCUCCAUGUCCUCUUCUCCUUCGGAGAUUGUUGUUCAUAGUGAAGGGUCUUCCAUGGGGAUUAAGAAACCCACCUCCGGUGCCGCGAAACGGCUGAGACUCUUCGGAGUAAACAUGGAGUGUGCUGCAGAGGAUGGAGGCGGAGGAGGAGAAGAUCUGUCAAACGGCGGCGUUUCAAGGAGAGGGAAACAGCCCUUCUCGUUGAAGAAUUGGGAUUUGGUUUAAUUAGUCGUAUUUGGAUUUGGAUUUGGAUUUGGAUUUGGAUCGGAUCUCUUCUCUGCAACAACACAAUUGAAGAGAACAGGUUCCAUCAUAUAUGAAUUUUCUCCUUCUCCCUUUAAUUCAACACAUUUUUCUUCAAUA